CUUAGUUUCUCUAUUCACGUUGUUUUUUAGUUUUCAAGAUUUUAUCUUGUGGUGUAUGCUAUAUAGAUAUCCAUUAUGGAUCAAUAAUAAUAGAAUUUUGCUGAUAUUCAUUUUGGCAAACGCCAGAAACCAAUGAUUCAAAGAGUUACAAUGGUAAAAUUGGUUUCUGCUCCGGUUGAAAAGACCCAAUGGAGAAUGAUUUGGUAUAUAAUCCUGCAUAGUUUUACAGUUCGGUCUAUCAAAGGUUCAUCUGAUUUAUUGAACUGUCCCAGCUUGUCCAAUUUAAACUGUUUGCAGCCAGACAAUUGGCUCAAAAUAAAACAUUGCAUUUGUAGUUGCGCUGUAGCUAGACUAGAAGAACGUCAACAUGUCGAACUAGACUAUAGACAGUGUGAUAUGUUUAUGAAAUGCAACUGGGCAAAUAUACAUUUCACAAUUAAUGUUCUGAACAGCAGCGCGAUCGUUUUACAUUCUAAACAGCUACGAGUGAAUAGUAAACAUAGAAUGGCUAAAAUACCCGUCGAUCUUCGUCAAGAAGAAGAGCAUACUAUUGAGAUAUGGACACGAUGCGGUGUAUGUGACGACUCUUGUACAAUAAUUCAAAUAGAAGUGCCAGCGAUAAAACCUGCAACAAUCUCCAAGGCACAGAACAGUACCCCACCAUCUGUCGAUGACAGCAAGAUUUUAGUAUUUGCCAUUGUUGUUCCUAGUAUCAUCGCAAUUUUGACACUUCUCAUCUUCAUUGUUUAUCAAAAGAAAAAUGAUGGAAUACAGAGAAGUUUCAUCCAGAACAACCACCAAGCAGAGUAUGUCUGACGUUGAUAAUGCUAUUGAUACGUUUAGCCACUCACACACAAAAAUGACUUAGUUGUCAAUGCCGGUGCUAAACUAAAUCGUUUCAUUCUGAAAGAGAAACGCAAGGAUCUGUUAACUGAUCUGAAUACAGUGUUUUUACAUAACACCAUAAGCUAUUAAUGAAAUGGAAGCUGUUGCAUUUAAAUGAGUUAUAACGGCAGAGUACUAACGAUAGAGAACUCACGACAGAUUACUAACUGCAUAUCACUAUAUAAGUUGUAAUAAAAACCAUCAACACAUAAUAAUAUAUUGAUAGUGGCAACAUAUGUAGAUGAUUUUAACGUGAAAAUGACAAAUGAUAAUAAUACUAUUGUUUUCGAAUGUCUAUCAAAAAUCUACUUAAUUAACUGUCAGUUAGAUUAAGAACGAUUGCUUUAUAGUCAUCUGAAAUACUUGUAUCAAGUAAGGAAUAGCACAUUUAUUCUCGAGACGAAGUUUGUUGGUAAUGUCGAGAGUUUUCACAGACUUCCUCCUAUUUAAAUUAAUAUUGGAUUGGAGUUUGGUAUUUUUGUUUAAAUUUAUUAAUUCAUUUUUCACUGUAUAUACUGAUGAUCACUGUCUUUACAUGUUACAGAAACAAUAUACAAUAUAUGACCAUACGCGUAUGGUCCAAAUACUCAUAUGGUCCGGAACAUACACAGUAACAAUAAACUUUAGGUUUACAAAUGUCAAAAUGAAGUACAAAUUACUAUUAAUGAUACAAUAAAUCAUUCUUUAUCAAUACUUAUAUAUGAUCCUAAAUGACCGGUUGAAGAUGACCUAUAUGAUUUGUUUUACAUUUUGAACAAGUACCUGUGUACGAGUUGUUUAAUC